UCAACGCCCAGCUAAAACCGCGUUUGCUUUCUUCUUCUCCAACCAAACGCUAAAUUUCUCUCACACUCAACAACAUACCAAAAAAAGGGAAGAAAAUUCUCAAUUCUCCCUUGCACCUGUUCUCCAUUCAAUUCCCGCGAAGCCCGUUGUUCUCAGUCUAAUUUCUUGGCGAUUUAACCAUUCUCCUCUUCCGAGGGCGCCGGUUACUUCGGCCCUUGCUCUUCGGUAAGAAACCCAUUUUUCUGCUGGAAAUUUAUUCGAUGAUAGCAGAGGCGCUGUUUUGAUUCGAUUCCUGAAGCUUCGUUUGUGAAAAGUUUUAUUUUUUAGCUUUUCUAUUCUUCGAUUUGUCAUGUUUUGAUUGAAUGGCCAAUCACGAAUCCUGUUAGGGUUUGUGUGGUGUUUCUGUGAAUUCCGGGUAGUUUUAGGUUACUGCAUUUAGGUAUAGAUUGUGGUGUAAAGGUGAAAGCCUUGUAUAUAAUGAAUUGUUAGAUAUUUGGUUCUUUAGGAUUUGGUAGUGUAGUUUCUUGUAGGGUUUGGGGAUUCUGAGGUGAGGUUUAGAAAAACACAGGAAAAUGUCUUCUGCGGGAUUGGUUUCGACUGUCCCGGUCCGUGAGGAUAGUAUGACAUUUUUACCUCCGCUAUCGCCUGAACAUAGUCAAGAGUCAAUUUUGCUAUUUGUGGCUAUGCCGGGUUCCAAGGUCCCAAUGCGGGUGUUGGAGUCCGAUUCAAUUGAAUCUGUGAUGGUCCGAAUCCAGAGCUGUAAAGGGAUUAUACGUAGGAACCAAAAGUUGGUCUGUGGUGGUAGGGAACUGGCUCGAAGCAAAUCCCUCGUGCGGGACUAUGGUUUGAGUGAUGGGAAUGUUCUGCAUUUGGUCCUUCGCCUCAAGGACCUUCAGGUUAUUAAAGUGAGAACAUGUUGUGGGAAAGAGUUCGAGUUUCAGGUGGAAAGGAGCCGGGAUGUUGGUUAUGUCAAGCGUCAGAUUGCAAAAAGAAAAUCGGAGCUCAUUGAGGAUCAUGAGGUGUUGCUGAAUGGCAAGCCGAUUGAGGAUCAGAGGUUGAUUAAUGAUCUCUCUAAGGAUAAUACAGAUGCUGUGAUACAUUUGUUUGUUAGGAAAUCUGCUAAAAUUAGGGGCUCACCAGUUGGGAAGAACUUUGAGUUGUCAAUUGUUGCACCACAGCCGAAAGAUGUAAGAGAAUGUGAUGUAGAAAGGGAACAUAAGCCUUAUGAUUAUGUGCCAAGGAAGGCCCCUGAAAGAGAAAUUGUAUUGGAGCCUGUAAUUAUAAACCCAAAGACCGAAUUGCCUCUGGAGAUUAGCAAUAUGAUUAAUGCUACUAGGGAAGGACUGGACCAGGGUAAUCAUCCAAUUAGGUCUUUGGAGGGCACAGGAGGUGCAUAUUUUAUGCUUGAUUCGUCAGGAACUAAAUAUCUGUCUGUUUUUAAGCCAGCAGAUGAGGAGCCUUUGGCUGAGAAUAACCCUCGAGGGCUACCCUUAUCGGAGGAUGGAGAAGGUUUGAAGAAGGGAACAAGAGUUGGUGAGGGUGCACUGAGGGAGUGCGCUGUCUUUUUACUGGAUCAUCCAAAGAGUGGUAACCGUUCUUUCUCUGGUGAUGUUAGGGGCUUCGCUGGUGUUCCUCCUACUGUUUAUGUGAAAUGCCUACAUGAAGGUUUUAAUCAUCCUGGAGGUGUUUCUGUCAAGACUGGUUCAUUGCAGAUGUUCAUGGAGAACAAUGGAAGUUGUGAAGAUAUGGGGCCAGGUGCAUUCCCCGUUGAGGAAGUUCACAAGAUUGCUGUGUUGGAUAUGAGGAUGGCGAAUGCAGAUAGACAUGCAGGAAAUAUAUUAGUAAGUAAAAGUGAAGAUGGUCGAACUGUGCUCAUCCCUAUUGAUCAUGGAUAUUGCUUGCCAUAUAGUUUUGUAGAUUGCACGUUCGACUGGCUUUACUGGCCUCAAGCUCGCCAGCCUUUUGGCACCGACACCCUUGAAUAUAUAAGGGCAAUGGAUGCAGAGAUGGACAUUGCCUUACUCAAGUUCCAUGGGUGGGAGCUACCAAAUGAUUGUGCUCGUGUAUUACGCAUCUCGACUAUGCUUCUGAAGAAAGGCUCUGAGAAAGGGCUCACCCCAUUCGUCAUAGGCAACAUGAUGUGUAGAGAAACAGUGAGGAAGAUAUCUGUCAUCGAAGAGAUAGUGGAAGAAGCUCUUGAUUGUGUCCUCCCCGGCUCAAGUGAAGGUGCCUUCCUCGACUGUGUUUCGAGCAUCAUGGACCGUCGUCUUGAGGAGUACAUAUAACCCUCGUCCACUAGGAAAGUUUGGUAUAUAAGUGGGAUGGAUAUGUCCAUUGGUCUUGGUACAUAUGCACAUUGUGUUGGUUGUGAAUGUUUUCCUUAAAAUUCUCAGCUCAGGGGAUAAUCUCCACCUGAUUAUCAACUUCUCCAUUAGUCAGCAUUCACUGGAUUACGUUUUAAUGGCUUUGGUAAUUUGGGGAUUUCUUUUUAGUUGAAAAAUUACUUGUUUCAUUUGCCCAUGAAGCAUAUUAUGAAUUUAUGAAUAAGAAUCUAUUUUUUUAGCA